AUGGAGCUUACGGGCGAGUACGUCGGGUGUGAUGGGGAGACCCAGCGGCUGCAAGUGUCCUGUGAGGCGUCGGGCGAUGCGGACCCUCUCCAGAGCCUGUCGGCGGGUGUGGCCAGAAUGAAGGAGCUGGUGGCCGAGUUCUUCGGGCCCCUCGUGGAGCGGGACGCGCAGGGCGUGAGAGCCGAUCCGGACGACGCUCUGGACGGUGAUGAUGAAGAUGAUGCAGAAGAUGAAAAUAACAUUGGUAACAGAGCUAACUCAGAUGGACCAUCUGCAAAACGACCAAAACCAACAUCUUAGCAAUAGUUUUUAUGAAAUUAAGACUGCUACUAAGUUGAAUGAGAUGUUGUAUACUUGUAAUCCCAAUACUUCAGAGGCUGGGGCGGGAGGAUCGAAAGUUGGAGCCUUGAUUGUACUACGUGUCAAGACAUUGCUUCAAAUAAAAGAUGAAGACAUCGGAGCACUGCUAUUUCCUUACUGUCACAUGCUAGGACUUGCAGAAGACCUGUGCUCUAGUUGGGGAACUCAUUUAUUUUCUGGCAUUGGAACAAGUUGGUCGCAUAGAAAACUUCCUGUUUCUAACAAAGAAAGUACAAUAAAUGUUUGGGAAUGAA